AUGUCGUUUUCAUCUCUUGUACAAGACAUCGCAUUCCGCGACCCCUCGCUACAGAAUCCUCGUGCUAGUGGCAGUACGAUUAAUAGCAAUAUUGAUGAUCAAUCCACCAUCUCGCGCAGGUCGCAAGCUCGUUCGUAUGCAUCCACUGCUGCUACCAGUGUGAGCAUCGCAGGCGAUAUCUCUAGUCAACUGCAUGCGGGGUACAGCCAUCCUCUGUCAAGAGCAUGGCAAGCUGAAAGACAAUUGACGAAGUCGAUGCUCAUUUACCCCCUUUUCAUUACCGAUAAUCCUGAUGAAUUCACCCCCAUCCCCUCUCUACCGAACCAGAAUCGCCUGGGCCUCAAUAAAUUAAUCUCUUUCAUCACACCACUGGUGCAAAAGGGCUUACGGUCUGUCAUCCUUUUUGGCGUGCCCUUGGCUCCCACUGCCAAAGAUGCACUAGGCACUGCGGCGGACGAUCCAGAAGGUCCGGUCAUCCAAGCCAUCCAGCUGCUUCGCCGAAACUUCCCCCAGCUCUUCAUCGUCGCUGACGUGUGUCUCUGCGAGUACACGUCGCACGGCCACUGUGGUAUCCUGCGCGAUGAUGGGAGUCUCAAUAAUGCUAUGUCCGUUGAGAGGAUCUCUGACGUGGCCAUGGCGUACGCCCAGGCCGGAGCCCACUGUGUAGCUCCCUCAGACAUGAACGACGGACGAAUCCGGGCCAUAAAAUUAAAACUUAUUGAGGCCGGCCUUUCCCAUCAAGUCAACCUGAUGAGUUACGCCGCCAAGUUCUCUGGGUGCCUGUACGGCCCAUUCCGCGAUGCGGCGGGCUCGUGCCCCAGUUUCGGCGACCGGAAGUGUUACCAACUGCCACCGGGAGGACGAGGGUUGGCUCGAAGAGCCAUAGCCCGAGACAUCCAAGAAGGCGCCGACAUUAUCAUGGUCAAGCCCGCGAGCUCCUACCUGGACAUCAUCUCCGACGCGAAAGAAAUCGCCAAAGACAUGCCCAUUGCCGCAUACCAGGUGUCAGGUGAAUACGCAAUGCUCCAUGCCGGUGCCAAGGCAGGAGUCUUUGAUUUGAAGCAAAUGGCCUUCGAGAGCACCGAAGGCAUCUUGCGAGCCGGUGCGGGAAUUGUCAUCAGCUACUUCACGCCCGAGUUCCUCGAUUGGUUGAGUGCAUAG